AGUAUCAGCGUGUUUGUGGACACGGCAAGAGACAGGGACUUGUGGACAUCUUGGGAUCUCGGGAGGGAAAGACUGGGACCGCAGAAUUCGACCUCCGCUUGGUAGCUGGAAACAAUGGGAAAGCUGAUCAAAAACCAUUGGGCGAGGCUCAUCAUCAUGGCGGCAGCAACGUACCAAAUAGCCGCUGCUGUGGAAGGGUACUUUUGGCCCAAGAUAUUCUGGGACUUCCUCACCAAGACGCUGGAUCCGGCAGUCAAACCAAUACCGAUCCUCCAAACGAUCAAUCUCAUAUGCGGCAUCGUCCUCCUUGCCUGGGAGUGGCCGCUGAGUUUCCUCGCCGGGUCCAGCUUUCACCGCAGCCUCGAAGCUCGCCUUGCUGUUCUGCCGCUUACCGCCCUCUCCGCAGCGCUCAUGUACCAAGCUACAAAUGCCGCCAUCUACCAGGUGAUAGGGUUGGGAGUGUACUUCUGGGCAUACAGUGAAGGAGAGAUGAUCUGUGCGAAGCCCUGGACAUUACCGCAACGGGCACCACGCGGCUCUCGUGUCUAGUUAGCGGCUGUGCACAAUUCUUCCCCUGUGCAUAUACCCGUCGUGUGAAUACUCGCCGCCAAAAACCCCGUUCCUCACUCUCACGGUCUUGCCACCCCUCGUCGGCCCACCGUCCUGGGACGCCUCAUACGACACCACGAGACCGCCAAUUAAGAAUCAAACCGUUACGUUCCGGGACGUUGCAAG